AUGGCCUUGGCGCAUUCCAGAUGGUUGAUCGGCGACGGAUGGAGCAUUGAUGUGAUAGAGGAUCCGUGGGUGGAUGCACUCCCAUUGAGAUUAUGGCCGACGAUGUUUAGUGGUGAGGGGGCAGAGGGGCUUCGAGUUUCUGACCUUCUCAGGCCGAGGACGGCGGAGUGGGAUGGUGAUAGACUAGGCCAGUUGUUUGGAGAGCAUUUGGUAGAGCGGGUUCGGGCGCUCCCCAUUCCGGGAUCUGCAGGCCCAGAUGUCAGGGUUUGGAGCACUACUUGCAGAGCGAGUGUCGGGGUCGGUGAUGUGUCUCGAGCUAUUCAGCGGAUGUCAGCGCCGGGCUUGGACUGUGGCUGGGUGUGGAGGUUUGGGCUACAUCAGAGGGUCGCUCUCUUCAUCUGGAAGGUGGCCUGGGAGCGUCUGCCGAUGUGCUUAGUGUUGAGUAGACGAGGAGUGAGUCUUUCCCCCCUAUGCCUGUAUUGUGGGAUGGAUGAGUCGGUGGAUCAUGUGCUCUUCCAGUGCGACUGGGUGCGGGGUGCUUGGAGUCUAACUGGGAUUCCGGAGGAUGCUUGGAGCCGGAGGGAUUGCUUUUUGGAGGUGGUUUGGCGAUGGGCUGGUAUCCCUCAGAUGCACAGCUUGGCUAUUCGGGCGUCCUGUACAGCUUACCAGGUAUGGCUGGCUAGGAAUGCCCGGAUUUUUUGUGAGGGCAGGCCAUCACCGCGGUUCGUAAUGGAGCGGGCUCGAGCUCAGGCAGCAGAGAUCAUACAUGUAGAUCUAGCCCAUAGACCUUUGACAGCUCGGGACAUCUGGGGGCCCCAUACUCAUCAAGAAUCUUGCAUGAUAGUAAUGCUACUUGGUGGAAAAUUAUUCAAAGAGCUUACUACCAAAGGAAAAAACUUGGGAUGA